GGGGGCGGCGUCACUAGGAGAGUGGGAGGCGUAUUGGUCAGAGACGUGACCGGUGGCGGUGAUCGAUGGAGGGCGACACCAAUCAGAAGAAGGAGGGGGUGCGGUGUAACGCCAGGAUCGAGGGGGGUAGCCUCGAUCGGCGAGGUAGGAAGAGGGUGCACUGGGGAGGGUGCCGAGAGAUGCCCUACGCCGGAGGAAGCGCAAGGAGCGGCGCUAAGACCAGACGUACCACGGCGAGCAUGAGCUCCAAGCCAGUGGGGGAAGGGAUGACAUGACGGAUGGCGGCGUCAGUCAGGGAAGGGGGAUGCGACCAGGACGAGUGGCCAGCGAGGCGAGGGGAGGUGAGCCCACAACGG